AUGCAGUCAUCGAAGCUUGCCAUCCGUUCAUGGCAGUGCCACAUAUUACGAUCAUUUAACCAAGACCAAGCGCGACUGGACUUUCUUGACCUUCUUGACAAUGAGACAGUACUCAUUGUCAACGACUGGGCGAUGAAGUUUCUACCACAGAGGUACCGAGAAUCGCAGUCUGACUGGUUCGGAAAGCGUGGCAUAUCUUGGCACAUUUCCGUGGUCUAUAGAAGAUCUGACAGUCAGUUACAGUGGCAAGGAUAUGUUCACAUCAUCCAGUCAUGCAGUCAGGACAGUACCUCUGUGAUAUCAAUCAUGCAGGAUGUGCUUCGCUCUAUCAAAUCCGAGUAUCCAAACGUAACGAAGGCCUAUUUUCGGCAGGACAACGCUGGAUGCUAUCAUUCGUCCGCAACGAUCCUUGCGUGCCCUGUAGUUUCGAGUUCUACAGGAGUCCAGAUCAGACGCAUUGAUUUCAGUGAUCCACAAGGCGGUAAGGGAGCUGCAGAUCGCCUUGCAGCCACAUGUAAGGCUCACGUGCGCAUUUUCAUCAAUGAAGGCCAUGAUGUCACGAAUGCCACUCAAUUAAAAGACGCUCUUGUCUCACAUGGAGUAAUUGAUGGCGUCCGCGUAGCGUGUCUGGCUGCAAUCACAACGGCAUCACCAAUCAGCGAACCAGCGAAGAUCCACAAUGUCAGUAAACUCAACAACUUUGAGUUUACAGAAGGUGAUAUCAAAGCAUGGAGGGCAUAUGACAUUGGCAGAGGAAAAGAAAUCAAAGCCGAUACCUCGACAACAGGUAACGCACAGUCUUGAAGUUUUUGUUUUUGUUGUUUGUAUUUGGGACUGCCGACUAUUUUAAAUUUUCAUUAAAAAAACUUAAGGAUAGCUAAGAAACCCCUACGUAACCGGGAAGAUCAACUCAAAAGCAAUAAGAGCAAUGGAAAAAAUAAUACCAAUAUAGCAAUACAUACAAAGCUCCUAAAACUGAAACACAAUAAAAUAAUAUCUAUCUCUGCACUAAUUUUAAAAAUUACUUAUUUAAACUUUACCGUAGUUUGAUUUCUUCUCUUGAUCAUUUUAAGAUUUGUAAAACCUUUUAGUUUCAUUAGUAGUCAAUUAAUCAAUAUUGUAUUAAUAGUAGUUUAUUAUGUAAUUUUAGUUGGUAGAUUAUAUUGGUAGUUAAUUAAAUAAUCGAUACUUUUUAUUACUUUAAUUGUAGGAGGGCCAUUAUGAAAACUACUGGGUGACCAGUAAUCAAUGUCUUUACCCUCGUUAAAUAAAGUUAUUACUAUUACUAAUUUGUUCGUUUACCCAGUGUCGUUUUGACACUUAUAAAUUUCCCUAUUUACAGAAUCCGAAAACAGGUGGCUAGAAUCUACAUUUUCUCCGGGGAAAUUCAAGUCUUUCGGCCAUAAAGAGAAAAAGCAUGUUGACCACGACGAGUCUCCCAAAACAAGAGAGAGAUCCAGUGACGUACAGGAGAGUCAGACCAACCAUGGUUUAUACACUUGCCCCGAGAGUGGAUGUACAAGGGUUUUCCAAAGACAUUCGGCAUUAACGAAACAUCUGUCCUCUGAGAAAUGCAUACGGUCCUUGGAAAAACACACUCUUAUGGAUCUUGCUAAGCUUGGCUAUCAGCAGGUUUUAGAAGAGGGUGUCGGUGUCGUGCCAACCUUAAGAACCACCAGCGUUGCAAACAAACAAUCCAGAGAACGUUUAACAGAGGGAUGGGCGUUACGACCAGCUAAGAAGGCGUACCGUUUUAGUGAAAAGCAGAAGGCCUACCUCACUGCUAAAUUCAACAUUGGUCAGUCCACUGGACGGAAAGUCGACGCAAGUCUUGUAGCACGUGACAUGAGACGUGCCCAUGGUUCGAAUGGCGAGCGGCUUUUUAAAUCAACCGAAUUUCUGACCUCUCAGCAGAUUUCUUCAUAUUUCUCUCGCCUUUCCGCGACAACUCGCCAACAGACCCUCACCCAUGAAGCCGACCUUACCGCCAUUGAAGAUGAAAUAAACUUUUCCACGGCUAGAGACCAAGUGAUGGCUACUGUCACACUCCAACAUCCCAUUGUUUUUUACCAGUACAACAUCUGUGCCAUGGCAGAAGAAGACACAUUAAAGAGCUUGAAGGUUUCGUUGUUUCAGGUGAUUUGUCAAAGCCUCAAUCUUGACAUUCCCGAUCAACCAAUUCGCCGUAAAGCUCCAUACCUGAAGUUGCUCAAAGAAGCCAUCAGUAAUUGUGGAUGCCAAAGCCAAGGCUGA